AUGGACCUAUUUCCUCUGCUCCCUCAACAUCUCUACGUCUCUCUGGAUCCCAUUCCCGGAAGCCCCUACUUCCCUCCGAAGGAGCUGGAGCUGGAACGGUGUCGUAACUUUCCAAUCAUCCUUGGAAGGUACGGCUGCGCCUUCUGGGCCACCCAACCGUCAACCCAAAAGAACGGGUACUUCCCCUUUGUAGGGAGCGGGGAAGAGAAUUUUGGUGAUAUCGACCCUUUCCAUGCUUGGAUUGAUAUUGAGGGAGUCACCGAACAGAACGGCGAAGCCGUAUGGUUGAAAGUUCGGAUUAAGAACAUGACUCCGACCGGGAGCGUCCUCGUCAUGAGAGGCGUUUCCGUCAACGAUGAACAGACAUUCAUCGAAUCCGGAAACACUGCUGACGAUCGUGAAACACCUGUCGUCACCCACUUACGCUUUGGAGAUCGUGGGUACCUGCAAUCAGGGGAUGUAUUGUAUUUUGGGAGCACGGACGGCCAGUCGCCAGGGAUGAGCGCGAGGGUUCAGAUCAAGGAGCACAGCUGCGUUGAGCAGUGGAAAGUCCCACCGUAUCGUAAAAUCAAGCGCCGCAUGCCCGACGCACCAUGGGAAGAUCUACUCCAGAUAGCUCGCGAUAUAUUCUAA